AUGGAUUUUGUGGAUCACAGAGUAUGUCUUUUAGAGCAUGAGGGCAGCCAACAGUUGGGAUUUGUGCGGUUUCAGGGUACUAUCGAUCCGUGGCCUGGUAAAGAAUGCUUUGGAAUAGAAUGGGAUGAUCCUGAAAGAGGUAGAAAUGAUGGUGCAGUCCCUUUCAAAGGGGAGAAAAUACGAUAUUUCAAAGUCAAGAGAGAUGUGCAAUCUGGUAGUUUUCUCAAAAUAUUGGAUGAUCCUGUUUGUUCAAGGGAUGGUUACUCGUAUGUUAAUUUGGCCAAAGGUAAGGUCUUAGUGGUUAAAGGGCGGACUUUAGUGGAUGCAUUGGCCUUUAAAUACGACCAGUUGAAUCAGUUAGACAAUUUAAAGAAUGAAAGCAUACGGUUUGGGUCGAAGCAGGUGAAAAAAUACGGUUUUGAGAAGUUGAUGAGACUGCAGGCCAAUUUCAAUGCUUUGCGCAUAGUCUCACUUGAUCAUCUACUAAUUGGCAAUGAGAUAGGAUGCAGUUGUUCGAAGCUUGCUUCAGAAAUGUUGUCCUCAGUUCAGGAUUUGAGUUUGGCGUAUAACAUGAUGACAAGUUGGUCAAUUGUGGUUGAACUAGCGACUUCAUUAAAACAAUUGAGAACUUUGCGCUUGGAUGGAAACUGGUUGGAUAUUGAAGCCACUUCGGUUGAUCCUUGUAUAUCAGUUACGAAGUUAACGGUGUCUGAGUGUGGUCUUGGUGUUUCUCUCGAUUCCAAAUUUGUACUUGAUGCUGUUUCAGCAGCAUUUCCAAAGUUAAACGCGCUAAGCUUAUCUGGAAACUGGUUUUCCAACUUUCCAGGUAUUUCCAGUAUAAAGUUGAAGUCAUUAGAUUUUUCGGCAAAUAGGUUGGCCGGAACAUUGAGUCUUGGCAAUCAAAUAGUAUUAGAGAUUUUGGAUGUCUCGAAGAAUAGUAUCACUAGCAUCGAUGGGCUCGCCUCCAGUUUAAAGGAAUUGAACUUGAGCAAUAAUGAAAUCUCGGAUUGGGGAGAAUUGGACGGCUUUGAUGCGAAAUUUCCCAGAUUAGAAUCCAUAAAGCUCGUGAACAAUCCGAUUUUGACAAAGACAGAGAGUAAGUGGGGAUAUGACAUGUGUCUAGCUCAAAUUAUGUCGAGAAUACAGACUGUGGUACGCAUAAAUGGUACUAACUACGCAGAUGAGCAGAGACGGAAUUAUGAGCUUUACUACAUUAGCAAAGUUAAGGAGAAGCAGUUGCCAAAGCCUGAACUACAUGUGUGGACAAAUUUGUUACGGAAGUACGGUCAAAAGGACACGAAAAUUGCGCAGCAGGUGCACUAUGGUUCACAUCAACUUCCGAAACUCAUUAAAGUGUGUGAUGGUAGAGAUGGUGCUGUAGCUUUUGAGCAAAUGGUAUUUCCUGCCGUUACUACUGUUGGGAAGUUAAAGGGUAAAAUAAGCGUCAAACUUGGGAUAAGCGUACUAAAUUUUGUACUGCAGACAAUGCUUGGUGAUGGCAGUGUGGAGAUUUUGGAUGAUGAUCAGGAGUCAAUUGAAGGUUCGGGUGUAUUUGAUACUGUGUCGUUUCUCGUGAAAUCAUAUAAACCACUCAAAGCAGCCAAUCCAGACCUUCCUAUACUAAUUCGAGAGUGCUCUGGUGUGGAGCCAAUGCUUGUUAUGAGAUUGGAUAAAGGUGUUGAGGUUCAGAAGAGCUUGAAGGAUUUGAGUGAGCCGGAAAUUACGAAUUUGUUGCUUUCAAAAAGGGCAGACUGA